UUUGUGCUAGCUCAAAAUAAAAAUUUUCCAUGAAGCUUUUUGCUCAAUCUAAAUAUAAACUUGGUGAAUUUGGUCAGCGAACACAGAGAAUCCGGUAAUCUCUAACUAGAUCGAAGUAUGAAAUUUACAUUCAAAUUAACACCAAAGGUUUGCUUCUCACCGGUCUUCAAAUGUCGUAACACCCUCCACUGACAUUUUGAGUUGAAAUCGCGUUAUGAUUCCAUAUCGCUUGUAAAUUGACUGCCGAUGUAAAAUAGAAAUUAAUUUGCUCAUUAAAACCAUAAUUAAGAUACAAUGCCAUCAACGGAAUAACCAAGAGCUUCGUAUUGAAUCAACUCGACCAUGGCGAUUCUCGGUGCUCAAUUGGUUAUCACAUUAGUUACCAUUAGCGUAGUUCAUAAGUUAUCUCCGUACUAUUCCUUUUCCAGAUGGUUAUUAUGUUCUACAGGAUUGACGAGAUAUUUAUAUCCAACCAAUAGCGAACUUCGAGCUUUAAUUAAAAUUCCAAAGAAGAGUAAAAAAGGAGCGAAACACGAAAAUGGCAAACAGACUGCUGAUAAGUUUCUUAUUCCAAAAAAUGUCGACAUUGAGCUUGAAAGCACCAAAGUUGUUCCUCAAGAUAUUUGCUAUUUGAGAUACUUUUCGGAUUUUCAAUGGCUGGUGGAUUUCUCUUUAUUCGCUUCAAUUGUUUACACCUUGACUGAAAUACAUUCGUACUAUUUCUCCAUUCAAAAUGAAAUCAAUCUCAGUAUGCUGUGGUGUUUGACAGUUCAAGGAUUCGCUUUAAAAACUAUUUUGACCAUGACUCUGGAAUACUUCAAAGGACAGGAAUCUAUCGGUGAAAGAUCUACCAUCAUUGUCACAGCUUUUAUUUACUUAAUCGUUGUCAUGAUCAUUUUAAUCAUCGAUGAAAACAAACUCGAAACUGGAUUGGACGCUGCGUAUUCCAAUUUCACUGCCGGUGCUUCAGUUUUUCUCAAAGCUCAGGGAUUCCCUUCACAAGGACCUGCUUCUAAAUUGAUUUUGAAAUUUUGUCUCGCUGUUUGGUCCAGUAUAAUUGGAGCUGCGUUUGUUUUCCCUGGUUUGCGAUUGGCUCGAAUGCAUUGGGAUUCCUUAAAGUACUGCGGGGAAAGAAAAUGGCUCCAGUUAGUGCUUCAUAUCAACUUUAUUUCACCUUUAAUAUUAGUUUUAUUAUGGAUAAGGCCAAUUUCUCAUGAAUAUUUCACCUCACGAAUAUUUUAUGGGAUGCACAAACCAUUAAUGUCUAUCAAAUCAUUUGAAAGUUUAAGGCUCAUUCUAGUCGUAGUCUGUAUGUUAUUAAGAUUAUGCGUCAUGCCAAUCUAUUUGCAAGCUUACUUAAAUAUGGCUUACGAAAGGACUCGAGCUUUGAAAACCGAAGUUGGUAAAAUUACCAACAUAGAUUUGCAGAAAAAAGUAGCGUCAGUAUUCUAUUACAUGUGUGUAGUUGCACUGCAGUAUGUUAUUCCUCUAGUCAUGUGUUUGUUUUUCUUGUUCAUGUACAAAACUUUAGGUUGUUUCACGUGGUCGGAUGUGUUAUUACAUAACACAAAUACCACAGUAUUAUCCGCUGCUAACCUCACCACUAAUGGUACCAUUUUGGAUAAACCCGAAGAAGUAAAAGGUUUCGUCACAGCGUCACUUAGUCAGGUUUUCACUAAAGAUGUCUAUCGUGGUUUAUUGGGUUUUGCGACAUGGUGGACUUGUUUCACGUGGUUUUCUUCGUCCAGUAUUGGAUUAUUAUAUCAUAUGUAUUUUUCAUCCCAAGAGUAAUUCAUUUUUUCCAUUUUUAUGUUUCUUUUUUCAAUAAUGUUUUGAGUAAUUUUGUUCAAUUGCGUAAUUUACGUAUAGUUUGAUACUCGACUGUCUGAAAUUUUGCAAAUGUCGCGAAAAUAACACAAUAAAUUGUUAAUGAAUUA